AAGUCACACUUCAACGCCUCAGAUGCUUCCACGUAUACCUCAGCUAAACAAUGAUAUGAAAAAAUUAAGAGCGCAUCAUUUGCACUAUAGUCAUUUUCAGUGCAAAAGUGACAACUCGCAGCUUCUCGCCGGCGCUAUUUUCUCUAGCCGCCGUCACUUUCUGGUCUGACACCGCCGUCACUUUCCGAUCUAACACCGCCGCGAGAUGGAUUCUGGCUCCAGUGAAGAGUCUGAAAUAAGUGACUCCGAGAUAUUUGAAUAUAAGGAAAAACCUUAUGGAUUACUAACGACCGGGAAAUUAAAAGUAAAAGGCCCCCAUGGCACCCUAAGGUGCCCUUUCUGUGCUGGGAAGAAGAAGCAAGACUACAAGUAUAAAGACCUUCUUCAGCAUGCAACCGGAGCGGGUAAAGUAUCCUCUAACAGAAGAGCCAAACAAAAGGCCAACCACCUUGCUUUAGCCGAGUACCUAGAGAAUGAACUAGCAAAUGAAGCAGAGCAACCACCUGUUCCGGCCCUGCCACCUGCACCUGUAGCUCCACAGACUGAUCAGAAUGGACUUUUGUGCGUCCCGUGGACAGGAAUUGUCGUUAAUAUAGUGAAACGUAUUGAGAGUGGAAAGUGUAUUUUUAGCGAAGAAUACUUGAUGGAUAAGUUCUACAAAUGUAAACCUAAAGAAGUUGUUUUGUUUUGGGAUGAUGAAAAGAGUACUGGACAAGCCAUCAUUAAGUUUGAUAAUAAUUGGGCUGGCUACAGGAACUGUAUGGAAUUUGAGAAGUCCUUCGAAUCUGAUCAUCGUAGUAAGAAAGACUGGGUAUCUACCAAAGCUGUUUCUGGCCCGCACAUGUAUGGGUGGUUUGCACGUGCUGAUGAUUAUGAGUCUGCUGGUGUAAUUGGUGAUCAUCUUCGUAAGAAUGGAGAGCUGAAAACAAUAUCUGAUAUUGUUGAUGAAGAGGACCGGGGUAGACAAGACAAAAUCUAUAAUCUAGCAUAUGAACUUGACAAGAAGAUUGAAAAUCUGGAUGAUCUGCAGAUCAAGUUUAAUGAGAAGAACCUGUCACUUAGUAGGUUGCUCGAUGAAAAAGACAGAUUGCACCAAGAUUUUUUCGAAGAAACAAGGAAGAUGCAACGAAUGUCUCGGGCACACAUUCAAAGAGUUUUGGCGGAACAAGAGUUGCUCAACUUAGAUUUGGAAAAGAAGAAAAGAGAACUUGAUUCAUGGAGCAGGGAAUUGAACAGGCGUGAAACACGGACUGAACGUGAUCGGCUAAAGCUUGAUGAAGAGAAGAAUAAGAAUGAUGUGAGAAACAGUUCGCUUCAAUUGGCCUCAAUGGAGCAGAAAAAGGCGGAUGAAAAUGUCUUAAGGCUAGUGGAGGAGCAGCAGAGGGAGAAGGAGGAGGCCCUAAAAGACAUACUGAAACUAGAGCGGGAGCUAGAUGAGAAACAGAAACUGGAGAUGGAAAUUCAAGAAUUAAAAGGGAAGUUAGAAGUGAUGAAACAUCUUGGAAAUGAAGAUGAUGAAGCUGUUCAAAGCAAGAUGAAGGAGAUGCAAGAAGAAUUAGAAGAGAAAGAGGAUCAUAGGACUCAUAUGGAAACCUUAAACCAGACUCUUCUUAUUAAGGAGCGUCAGAGUAAUGAUGAGCUGCAAGAAGCUCGUAAAUCAUUGAUUAAGGGAUUGGAAGAGAUAUUAACCGGCCCCCGCACAAAUAUCGGUGUAAAGAGAAUGGGAGAAAUCGAUGUGAAAGUCUUUCAGCAAAAAUGCAAGGAAAGAUUUUCAGGUGAUGAAGCUGAGAUUAAAGCCUUGGAAAUGUGUUCCCUAUGGCAAGAGAAUGUGAAGAACUCGGAAUGGCAUCCAUUUAAAAUUGUAAUGGUUGAAGGAAGUUCUGAGCAUCAGGAAAUAAUUAAUCCAGAUGAUGAACUGCUAAGAAAUCUUAAAGAGGAAUGGGGAAUCGAAGUAUAUGAAGCAAUUUGUAAAGCCUUACUCGAGAUAAAUGAAUACAAUCCCAGUGGUAGAUACGUGGUCUCUGAAUUGUGGAAUACAAAAGAGGAUCGGAAAGCAACAGUUAAGGAAGUUGUCAGCUACAUCAUGAAGAACUUGAAGACGGUUAAUAGGCGCAGGAGAUGAUGAUAAACAGAAUGAUGACGGCCACAUCUUCUGCAGUUAUUUCAGAGUUGGUGGGGUUGAUGGCAAAGCUUGGGAGUUUUAUGUGGGGCACUAUUCAGCAAUGUUUCCUUUCUAGUUUAACUUCUUUUUGGUGACUAAUGAACCAAUGUGUGGAUGAUCUUUUAGAAUAAGAAGAAGAUGCUUCUAAUCGGAAAACAGGCUGUACUUGUAGUGUCUGUUUGGUAUCCCACUGUACUGGCAGAAUGAUGGUUGGGAACUCUGUUUUAUUUGCAAAAUGAAUCACUCGUCUUUGCUAGAACUAUUACUGGUCUUAACGUUAUAUUGAAUAAUUACAUUGAGCUUA